AUGAGGCCGCUUUCAUUGUUGGGCUCCAAUACUAAUGGGCCUAAGUUCACUUUACAGUUUAAACCGAUUCAAUCGGUUAUUAUCGGUUUAGUCUUUUGUUGUUGA